AUGUGCGCCAAUGUGGUCCGGGCCAUUAUUUUGGGCAUCGAACAUGCCCGAUUGCGGUCGGUGACUCUGAAAGGUCUCCUCCGCAAUUCCAUCGGAUAUACCUUCAUGUCACCCGUUUGCAUGUCAGCUUCAUUUGUUCUCUUUCAAGACUGGAUGAAGUGGAGAGACGGCACAACCAAAUUUAUGGUUAUGAAUCGUCACCAUUUGGACGAAGAAUGCCCAUCCUCACAAGAAGGGGAAACUGUAAGGCGCACUGUGAGCAUUCCCCAGAUUUUAUUAACUGUUCUUCGUCUGGGCUUCUGGACACUGGUCCUUAAGUACGGCCUCGGAUCAAUUGAAUUCAUAGGGCAACUGUGUGGGCCCAUUCGGAGAAUCUCUCAAGGUCGCAAUGUUCGGCAGCUAGACGGCUUUCUCGCAUACUUCAUCGCUUUCAUCCAUGGUGGCAAAUUCAGCCUCUACUAUAUAGUCUUUUAUGGUUACGGCAGAGCAAUUACCGAUCUCCAACAGUUCGUGCUGUCUCCACUCUUUGAAGGAGACGCCUCACGCCUGGUCGUCGAACAGUGGGACAGCCAAUUGCUAAAAUCCAUUCAGGAUUGUAAUCUCGGAGAAAAGCUUAUUUAUUCUGAGGUGACAAUGAAUUGUUUAAUGCCUGACGGUCCGAGUUGCCUCCUGGGAACAGUGAAAAGCUCGGAAAUCUGGAGGACCUUCGACAGGGGUCUCUACAGCGUAAUGAAACAGUAA